AUGGCGUCUUCAUCUUCCCCGAAGCCUUUCGAGGGCAUCGGCUUGCACCAGCAGGAUAGCGCCGUGCAUCUAGGAGACGACGCGCCUUCCUCUUCCUCGUACCCACAACAACACGCCCCCGUACACCACGCAGCGCCACAAGACUCCGAAGCUUCCCCCGUCGACGACGAUGGCCUUGGCUUCUCGUCCGACUCAGCCUUCGACAGCGGCAGCCUCCUUGGCGACGAGACCGAUUCGCUAGCCUCGUCCAUCCUCCACCACCGCAUGGAGAAUGGACGGCAGUACCACGCAUACCGCGACGGCGCAUACUGGGGACCAAAUGACGAGCUGGCCAAGGAGAUACUGGAUUUCGCACACCACAUGUACCUCCUGACGCUCGACCAGAAGCUGCAUCUUGCGCCGCUGGUUAAUCCACAGACGAUAUUAGAUUGCGGCACAGGAACCGGCAUAUGGGCAAUUGAUAUGGCAGACCAAUACCCCUCAGCAACAGUAACAGGAACCGACCUCUCCCCCAUCCAACCCGAAUGGGUCCCGCCAAACUGCCACUUCGAAAUCGACGACGUCUCGCUCGAAUGGACCUUCCCGCCCAACCACUUCGACUUCAUCCACAUCCGCGAGCUCUUCGGCUGCAUCCCCGACUGGGAUUUCUUCUUCCAGCAAGCCUACAAGCACACCAAACCAGGCGGCUGGAUAGAAAUCGUAGAGCACUCCGUGUGUCCUACAUCCGACGAUGGGUCAAUGGGCCCAGACCACUUCUACCAUACCUGGGGGAAAGUGGUGGUGGAGAUGGGUGAUCGGUUCGGCAAGACGUUUACGAUUUGGGAGGAGAGUGCCGAGAGGAUACGACGAGCGGGGUUUGUGGAUGUGACGGUUAUGGAGUAUAAGUGGCCGAUGAAUGGGUGGCCGACGGAUAAGAAGUUGAAGAAUAUUGGGCGGUGGAAUCAGCUGAGGUUGAUGGAUGGGGUUGAGGGUUUUAUGUUGAGGUUGUUGACGCAGGUUGGCGGUGUGAGUCUUGCUGAGGUUGGUGUGGUGGAUUAA